AUGAAAGAUGUCCUGACAGAUUCUGGUGAGCAGGACUCCCCAGAAGGCAGCUCCUGCUCUCCAGUGCUAAACUCUCGUGCCGCCAGUGAGCUGAGCCAGUUUUCAACUGAGAAUCUCAAAAUUGCUGUUGAUCAUCCAACAAUAUUUCCGGAUCUUCUUGAUACAUGUUCACUAUUGGCUACCAACCAACUCCAGGAGCCGUUCAUGAAUUUAAACGCAUAUGAGACCCUCAUCGAUAUCACCAAUUCAAACACUUCGGGCCAUGACCAGCCUGGGAGGCGUGAUGUGCUGGGCGCAAACAGCGGAUUCAGGCGAAAGGCUUCAGCAUGUGAGGCGUUUCCCCGGAAGAAAACAAACAGUCUGCCCCGAAGUGCAGACGGUCAUACAGAAAACCAUGCAAACCCAUGCGAACGGCCUUUCGUCAUUUUGAAACAGAAGGCCGAUCAAAUGAUCGACCAACUGCUCUCCAUGUACCGAUUCAGCGUACAGUUACAAAUUGUUGAGGAAGACCGGUGCAUUGUCGAUUUUGCGGAGCGAAUCCGGGCACGAUUUCUUGAGUUGCGCCAACUUACCUUCACAAUUGAGGAAAGCCAAGACUAG